AUGUCGACUACGGCUGCGAAUAUCUUCAUUGGCAUCUGGCAAAACCACAAAAACGAAACAUGGCCAACAUGGACGCUCACCCUUAAACAACGCGACGGCGGUAUUCUCUCCGCCGCCCUUGUUCUCUUUGUCGGCUUUGCAGCAACGCAGGCAUGGAACAUUGUCAAAUUGAUCCUCCACCAGGUACUCUUGCGUUUCAGGCUAGAUGGACUUGACCAGCAACUGCAGGCCAUGCUUCGCAACAGCAGUACACAUGCUGAAGCAGCCUGGUUUUCUAUUCGGAUUCCCCUUGGUUGGAGACGACAGCGGGGGUUGAUCCAUGGCCUAGCGAGGUCCUCCCCUAUACUUAUCGUCUCGCUUGUUCUUAUUGCCUCGUGGGCGGCGGCGCAGAUCUUGUUGUCAAGAAUUUGGACUGGUGCGGGCGAUGAGUUCUUGGUCAAUAGCGAGAUCUGCCACUGGGUCAACAUUACGGAUAGACAUACUUCGGGCCAGACUAUCCAGAACGCCUUCUGCCAGAGCCUGCCCCGUGCGGCCGUCAACUGGACAAUGAGCGAUGUCCCCUGUCCCUUUGCCGACCCCAGCCUCUGUAUCAGCACAAACUCAACGCCGGUGAUGCUUGAUACGGGCUAUCUCAGUUCAAGCGUUCAUUUUGGCAUCCAUACGAGACAAGAAGACAGUAUCCUGUACCGCAGGGUGGCCAACUGCUCUCCAGUCACCACCGCGUAUCAAGAUUCGCCCGAAAAGGAUGUAAUUAACAACUACUAUGGGCCAAAUGGCACCCCAGACCCAUCUAACGGCAAGCAAGUCGGGCUCACGUUCACAUAUCGUGACCGGGUUAAAACUGUAGAAGAUUUUAUUUUCUCGACCUACAAUUUGGUCGCAUUUUCUAGGCUGUGGCAAUACAACGCAACGUUCACCGACCGACAGGAUGUCAAACCCGUUAUAAUGUUCAUUACGAACCCUAAUGCAUACACGGAGCCAAAUUAUGACCCCAUUUUUCGCACGGGAGCGAGCAUUAACACUUCGCAAUUUGGAGCGUUGUAUAACGCGUCUACCGCCCUAUCCAUUCUCGGAUGCCUUGAGCAAUACGAAAUCUGCAAUCCUGCUAACCCCGGAGACCCCAUCUGCAUGGUGUACAAGUACUCCACAGACGCCGGCUACAAUCUCUCCACCGUUGUCAAGCCUCUACGCCUGUCUGAGAAGCAAUUGGCAACAUUCAUACGGUUAGACACCAUCCAUAUCGGGACCGACCUAGCGAGCGUUGCUUCUUCCAGCUUGUUCCUGGCGUCUCAGACCAUACUUAACGGGAUUCAGUGGGCCGAGCUCUCGAGCACACAGUGGCGCCUGGAGCUUUCCAGGUGGUUCUCCGAGGGGCUGGCCAUGAUCCAGCAGGGCUUUGUGGAUUCUGCAACUAUGCCGGACAAUAAUGCCUUGUAUUUCCCUCAGUUGUCCGGCGCCGCGGCUAGUUGCAAGCACCAGAUCGUCCGGAAUGCUGCCGGCCUUCAGAACUUCAACAUGCUGGCUAUCGUUAUCGUCUUGUUGCUGGGCAGCAUAACAAUCGUGCUUGGGUUAACCAUAGACAGCAUUGUCGGUUACGUUCAACGGCGUUUCCCUGGGGCUUCGGAAGGGUGGGUGCAUUGGACUCUGGACGGGGUAUUCCAGCUGCAGCGCCUGGCGUACCGCGGAGCUGGCGUCCGAUCGUGGCGCGAUGAAGAUACAUACAUCCCAAUUGUAGACGGCAGGACUCUUCCGGGUGUCGAUCAGCAGACCAUGGCGUUUGCAGAGUGUGGCAGUGAGGAGGAGCUGAGAUUAAUGCAUAACCAAGAAGCUAAAAAGACUGUGGAGUCAAAUAGGCCUUGA